GAAUUUGAACAACUUCUCCUCUAAUUCUGACUAAUCUCCUUCCUCAUGCUUUCUUUUGUAGAAAUACAAAAUCUAAUCUUAACAUCACCACGCACAUUGGCGCAUGAUUAUGCUAAUUUUUUGUUCUUAAGAAAAACUCACAUCAUCAACCAAUUCCAUCUCCUGGAUAAUGUUGAUGUGUAUAUAUCAUUGUCAUAAUCAUAUCUGUAUGUAUUCUCAUUGCAUGUUAAUGUUUUUUUCAAUUUUUCAUUUUGUAAAAAGAUAAAAACGAAAAAUCGGUGAACAGAGGAGAUGGAUCCGGAGAUGGGCGCAUCUAGCCCGUAUCGGAACAACCCUAACGGUGAGCCUCCGUCGAUGUCUCCAUCUCCGUCGCCUCGAGCGCCGGCAUUGGUGGUUUCCAAUUCCAGCAAGUCGCUGGCGGUCUCGAACUCCGCCAAGUCUCUGUUGGUUUCUAAUUCCGCGAAGGCUCUGUUGCUGUCGAGUUCCAGUAAGAAGAUGGAUGCUUCAGGGAAGAAGAAGUACGUGAAACAAGUGACCGGCAGGCACAAUGACACGGAGUUGCAUCUGGCGGCUCAGCGCGGGGAUCCGGCAGCAGUGAGGUCGAUCCUGGAAGAGAUUAACGCGCAGAUGCUCAAAACCAUGUCCGGAGCUGAGUUUGAUGCGGAGGUGGGGGAGAUUAGGGCUGCCAUGGUGAACGAGGUGAAUGAGCUGGGGGAGACGGCACUGUUCACCGCGGCUGAGAGGGGAUACAUCGAUGUGGUGAAAGAGUUGCUUCCGUACACAACCAAAGAGGGGAUCACUAUUAAGAAUCGGUCAGGCUUCGAUCCCUUGCAUAUUGCUGCCAAUCAAGGUCAUGAAGCUAUUGUAAAGUUGCUGUUGGAUCAUGAUCCAGAACUAAGCAAGACAAUAGGUCAAUCAAAUGCAACUCCUCUUAUAUCUGCUGCCACAAAAGGUCACGCAGUAGUUGUUAAUGAGUUGCUCGCGAAGGAUUCCAGUUUGUUAGAGAUCGCCAAGUCCAAUGGGAAGAACGCGUUACAUUUUGCUUCACGCCAGGGGCAUGUAGAUGUUGUUAAAGCAUUGCUCAAUAAGGAUCCACAACUAGCAAGAAGAACUGAUAAGAAAGGGCAAACUGCAUUGCAUAUGGCUGUAAAAGGCACAAGCUGUAAGGUGGUAAGGUUGCUUCUCCAAGCAGAUGCAGCCACUGUUAUGCUUCCUGACAAGUUUGGUAAUACUGCCUUGCAUGUUGCCACAAGGAAAAAGAGGGUUGAGAUAGUGAAUGAGCUCUUACUGAUCCGUGAUACGAAUGUCAAUGCAUUGACAAGAGACAAUAAAACAGCACUUGACAUAGCAGAAGCGCUCCCUUUUUCAGAAGAGAUUGCUGAAAUAAAGGAAUGCUUAACCCGUUUUGGCGCCAUUAGAGCAAACGAACUGAACCAGCCGCGUGAUGAGCUUAGGAAAACAGUAACAGAGAUAAAAAAAGAUGUACACACGCAGCUCGAACAGGCACGCAAGACCAACAAGAACAUGAAUGGCAUCGCCAAGGAGCUCAGGAAGCUCCAUAGAGAAGGAAUCAACAAUGCCACAAAUUCAGUCACUGUUGUCGCGGUGUUGUUUGCCACAGUUGCCUUCUCUGCCAUUUUCACGGUCCCCGGAGGGGACGAUGAGGAUGGUAAGGCAAUCAUGGUGGGGACGCCAGCAUUUCAGAUUUUUUUCAUCUCCAACGCUUUUGCUCUCUUCACAUCUUUGGCUGUUGUGGUUGUACAGAUCACAGUAGUGAGGCGCGAAAUAAAAUCCGAAAGAAGGGUUGUCGAGGUGAUCAACAAGUUGAUGUGGUUAGCCUCAGUCUGCACUACACUAGCAUUUGUUUCAUCCGCUUACAUAGUUGUCGGGAAGCGUAAUAGGUGUGCUGCAGUUCUUGUAACAGUUAUAGGAGGGGUGAUGAUGCUUGGGGUUCUUGGUGCAAUGACUUACUAUGUGGUCAAAUCUAAGAGGAUUAGGAAAGUAAGGAAAAGACUCAAGUGUUCCAGGAGUGGUGGGAACAGUUCAUGGAGAUAUUCAGAUCUUUCUGAGUCAGAAGUUAAUUCAAUUUAUGCUAUCUGAUUCAUGAUUUUAGUUAACUCGGCUUGAGUGCUGCUUCUCUCUUUGUUUCUUCUUCCCACUUGAGUAAAAGCUAGAGAAGAUCCUAAGAAACCGGUUGUAUAUAAUGGAGUUGCAUUGUUGUAUAUGGACGGACUAUUCCACUGGAACUAACACAUUUUUUGUUUGCAUAAACAUGGACUUUUGUAUCAAACUUGCCAAAUCGAGUACUAUUCUUAACUUAAAUGUAUAUAGAAAUCUUU